GCCUGGAGUUUACGGCGAACCAGAGAAUGAAGUUGGGGAACCAGAAGCACGCGCGAUGGAUUUUCCUCUGUCGUGAUUUUUAUUCUAUAAACUUCCCUGAAAUAUUUCUGUUAUCCGACUUUCUCUGAGCCCUUUGAACCCAACAUGAGGCUGAGUCUCUGGUGCGUUUGCUGGACUCUAACUCUCCACACCGCAGCUCUGCAGGGAGGCGUGCAGCCCGGCCACCGGCACCGGGACGGCGUCCAGACCCGGGUGAGGAAGCAGAGCACCGGCGGUUUGGACGCCGGGAAGCCGGCGGCGGUGAGGGGAUCCGGGGAGAAGCUGAACGGGCCUCAUGUUUGUGGCGGUCACUGUUGUGUCGGAUGGACUUUGUCGCCCAAAACCAGACGAUGCACCAAACCCAGAUGUCUUCCUCGUUGCCAUAACAACGCGGCGUGCCGGCAGACUAACCGCUGUGUGUGUCGACGAGGUUUCCACGGUUACCGCUGUCAGUUCUCCACGGAGACGUUUCCUGCGGCCGGGCGGUCGUUGACCUCCGUCCGUCCCGCUAGCGUCCCACAAACGGCCCCCAAACCUGCUCAACGGCGUGCUACCAGAAGGAUGGAAGUCCGUACAGCAGCCGGUUCCGGUCCCGGGUCUGGUCCUGCUGCAAUGGAAGCACCGCCCGCCUCCACCAGACCUGCCACAAUAACAAAGACCAGCAGCGAACCAGGUGCUUCAGACAUGAAUCCACCUCCUGCUCAAGCUGAAGGCCACAACAAAGACCAGGAUGCUAAGAUCCCAGACCCGGGUCCUGUUCCUGGAGAUGUUUCCAAGGAGUCUCUACUCCAGGAGGAGAACCGAACCUCCCCAAAGAGUCGGAGAGCCGAGAGGACGGAAACACCCGAGUUUAACGACCUCCAGCCGGGAGACACAGCUGGUGACAUUACAGGGUUUAAAACUUCAAACGUACAGUCUGAUUCAGAACCAGAGGAAGCCCCGGGGUCUCAGGCCCGGGAAAGACCCACUGAAGGCCCAAAUCUUGAGUCUCCUUCCUGGUCUGAGACUGAAGGGAAGGCAUCGCCAGGUUUAAAUGAAAGUCCUAAAACUGAUUCAGAGUCUGAGGUGGUGGAAAGAUUAAUAGCCCCUAAAAUCCUGAACCUGGAGUCUAACUCGAGGUCUGAAGUGCAUCAAGGACCAAAUCCAGAGUUCAGUCCAGUGGAAAUUGUUGUGACAGGAGAGAAGAAGAAGAAGGAGGUGAAGAAGCAGACGCUGAGUCUGAGGGAGGCCCAAGCGCUGCUGCUGAGGAAGUCACACGGAGGUAGUGGAGACAAGAUGGCCGCCCUUCUGAUGAAGCACAUUGAAAAGGAGAGGAAGAAACUCACCACUGUGACCUCCUCUUCCUCCUCCACCUCAUCAUCUUCAGUAAAAACCAGCGUGAAUACUUUCCACACUCAGAAGGGCCAGUACACCGUCCGUGUAACUGCACCCACAGCAUCAACGCUCCGCUGGAUGCAGGAUAUGCGGCGGAGACUCCGGAGGUUACCAAAACCUCAGUCACCUGACAUAUUAAACGAGUUGAAGUUCAGUGACAGUUGUGUUCGGUCGGGACAUGAGCUCAUAGACAAACAGCAGCAGAAACAACCGGCCUCUAUUCCACCAAAACACCUCGCGGCCCUCUGCACCGCCGGGGCCCCUGAGGGGGAGUCUGGGGUCCCACAGGAAAACCACUUCAAUCACACUGUUAGCUGUGAUUCGUUUCCAUUCAGCCACAAGAGAGAGAGAGAGAGAGAGAGAGGGAGGGGGACGAGCGAGGUAGGGUUAGAGCUAGAGGGGAGAGGUCUGGACGAUGCAGAAACUCUGACUGCAACUCUCGAAAUGCUGCAGCCUCGACUCUGCUGUUUUCUGUCGUCCGUCUUCGCCGUCUUCACCUCUUCUCUUCUGGCAGCAGAUGGACAGGCGGCCACGGGAGGAGAAGGAAGAGGAGUGGAGAGGAUCCAGGUGACGUUCACGCCGACCAUCUGCAAGGUGCGCUGCAGCCAGGAGCGAUGUGUCAACUACUGCGAGCGAGGCAACCUGACCACGCUUUACAGCGGCAGCGAGGGAGGAGGAGAAAGGAGACAGGGCUCCCACGGACCGGGCUUCAGAGUCUUCCUGUGUCCCCUGCUCUGUAAGAACGGAGGCGUCUGCCUGCAGAAGGACCGCUGUCUCUGCCCGCCAAACUUCACCGGGAAGUUCUGCCAGAUCGCCGUUGCCGCCGCCGCCGCCGAAGCGUUGCCCUCCUCCACCAAUGAGAUCGUCAAGCCCGCGCUGUUCUCCGCCAUGCCGGCCAAUCAGGAGCUGAGCCAGUCCGAGUUCCUCCUGCCGCUGGGACAGAACGAGGAGACGGCCAGGUCUGGAGAUCCCGGGCUCUCCCUGGUGAAGGUCAGAGUGCAGCACCCCCCUGAGGCCAGCGUGAAGAUCCACCAGGUGCUGAAGGUAAAAACAAACACCCAACCCGUCCUGCGGAUGCUCUCCUCUUCCUCCUCCUCGGGGUCGGCAGGCGCUCCGGCUCCAGCGGGUGUAGACGUCCAGGCCCAGACGCUGAAGGGGGACGGCGCCUUCGCCCAGCAGUCCGGGUUCAAGUACUGCUUCAGAGAGGUGAAAGACGGACAGUGCAGCGCUCCUCUGCCUGGUCUGAGGAGCAGGGAAAUGUGCUGCAGAGGCAUCGGGAAGGCCUGGGGGAUCACGGACUGCGUCCUCUGCCCUGACAACACAGGUCGGAUUCUUUAUGAAAUAUUCCACCGGGAGCUUGUAGCUGUGUUGGAGCCUCGGCUGGUUCUUGAUAUUCCCCGCGAUGCAUGUUACCGAUUCUGCAUGCAGGGUUCUGCCGGUGCCUCAGCUCUGACUCCCAGACCAGCUCUAGGAUUUGUAACUCUGACCUCCUGUGUGUCCUCCUCAGCCCAGAGUGUGAUCUCACAGGAGAAGGGUCAGUGUCACCGGGUCCUGGGUCCGGGCCGGGGUCCGGCCUCCUGCUCCCUGCCCAUCCUCAGGAACAUCACCAAGCAGAUCUGCUGCUGCAGCCGCGUCGGCAAAGCCUGGGGACCCGACUGUCAGAGAUGUCCCUACUUCGGUUCAGUGGCCUUUAAGGAGAUCUGUCCCGCCGGUCCUGGUUACCACUACUCAGCUUCGACCCUGCUGUUCAACCAGAGGCUCACCGAGCAGCUGGGGAGCCGAGGCGCUCCGCUGGUAGUCCACGGCAACCAGGAUAACCAGGGUCCUAGUUCUGGGUCCAGUAGCAGUGGAGCCUCCAGGUCUCAGCAGAAACCCUCUUCCUCUGGAGCGACCGAGGCAAGUACCUCCCUGAGUUCUUCUUCAGGUGUCGGAUCCAGCGCCGGAUCUGCUGGUACCAACACCAGACCGAGUCCGCCUCAGCCUCCACCCCGCCAGGUCGACUCUCCCUCCUCCAGACCGGUUCAGCCUGGCAGCACCAGCAGCACAGCCACCCAGGACAAACCCCAGACUCCAGGCAGACCCGCUCCAUCGUUCACAACACAUGCGAGGCCACAGCCUCCGUCCACCGGGAGCCGAGCAGGCGGUCAGUCCUCCUCUGUGUCCCGGACGGAUCAGCCUGAAGCCAGAGGGGACUCUCUGCCCGCUCCAGCCCAGCCACAGAACCCUGAGCGUGGGUCGAGGCCCAGUGGAGGGCUCCCUCCUCUGCAGAGCAGACCAGCUGUCACCCCGACCCUCCGGCCCACCCGAGUCCAGACGCGAGGUGUGUGUGAGAGCAGACCGGGUGUGUGUGGGCGUGGCCGCUGUGUGGAUCAGCCAGGCGGAAAACACACCUGUGUGUGUGAUCAGGGAUACCAGCCCAACUCUCAGCGCACAUACUGCCAAGAUGUGAAUGAGUGUGUGCAGUCUCCAGGUGUGUGUUCGGUGGGAGAGUGUGUGAACACCAUGGGAAGCUACAGGUGUGCGUGUCCGUCCGGAUACAGGAGCAGCAGCCAGCUGACCGGCUGUCAAGACAUCGACGAGUGCCAACAGAAUCCCUGCAGCAACGGCCGCUGCGAGAACACGCCGGGCAGCUACAGGUGUGUCUGUCGCCUUGGGUACAGGCUCAGCGGCAACACCUGCACAGACGUGGACGAGUGCGAGGACGCUCUGCAGUGUCCGGGUCAGGAGUGUAUCAACAGCCAGGGCUCGUACCGCUGCGUCUCCUGCCAGGCUGGAUACAGACUGCUCAACAGGGUCUGCACAGACGUCGAUGAGUGUCGCCAGGCGCCCUGCUCCAACGGUCGCUGUGAAAACACACCUGGAAGCUACCGCUGUGUCUGUCGCUUUGGUUACAAGCUCCAGAACAACACCUGUACAGAUGUAGACGAGUGUGCAGAGCCGUCGCAGUGUCCCGGUCAGAUGUGCGUGAACACCGCGGGGUCGUACCGCUGUGUUUCCUGUCGACCAGGAUACACUCUCGCCAACAGACAGUGUGCAGAUGUAAAUGAGUGCGAGGACAGCGAGUCUUGUCCUGGUCAGCGGUGCGUGAACACCGAAGGAUCUUACAGCUGUGUGGACUGUCAGCAGGGAUACCACAGCGUGAACGGACUGUGUGCAGAUGUGGAUGAGUGUGUGCAGGCGUCGCAGUGUCCCGGUCAGCUGUGUGUGAACACCGCGGGGUCGUACCGCUGUGUUUCCUGUCGACCAGGAUUCAGCAGCACGGACGGCUCCUGCCAAGAUAUAGAUGAGUGUGCGAGCGCUGGGGCGUGCGAGGCAGAGCGGGUGUGUGUGAACACCGUCGGCUCGUUCAGAUGUGACUGUCGGCCCGGGUAUCGAACCUCCGCCCUGGGGAGACAGUGCAGAGACAUUAACGAGUGUUUGGAGGGAGACUUCUGUUUCCCCAGAGGAGAGUGCGUCAACUCACCAGGAUCCUACACCUGUGUCUGUUCUCAGGGAUUCACGCUGAGCGACAACAGGACCGCCUGCCUCGAUGUGGACGAGUGCGUGAAGUCGGGUGUGUGUUUGGACGGUCGCUGUGUGAACACCGAAGGCUCCUUCCAGUGCCAGUGUCAAACCGGCUUCACCACCAACCCGGAGAGGACCGCCUGCCUCGAUGUUGACGAGUGCGUCUCGACCAGCGGGACGGUGUGCGGGUCGAAGCGGUGUGAGAAUACGAUUGGUUCGUACCACUGCCUCACUUCCUGUGAGCCGGGCUACCAGGUCACGCAGACCGGCGACUGUGUAGACGUUAAUGAAUGUGCCAAUCAGACGGUGUGUGGAGUUCACGCCUCCUGUCAGAACCUGUUAGGAACCUACCUGUGUGUGUGCGACCAGGGCUUCACCUCCACCGCCGACGGAAAGGCCUGCGUCGAUGAGGACGAGUGUGUGUCUCUGCCUGGCGUGUGCGGUUCUGCUCGGUGUGAGAACGUGGAGGGAUCCUUCAUGUGCGAAUGCGACAGACGGGGAGACGAGUUCGACCAGGCCAGCAGGCGGUGCGUCGCCACGGCACGAGCAGCUCCUGACUACACCUCCUCCUCCUCCUCCUCCUCCUCCUCCGUCCACGUCAGCGUGGUGGAGCUGGCUCCGGUGCUGCCCCCCCUCCCCGAGGCUCGCCCCGGUGAGCUGAGGGAGUGUUACUACAACCUGGCCGAGCGGGGAACCUGCAGCCUGCUGGCCACCAACACCAGCCAGCAGGAGUGCUGCUGCACGCUGGGGGAGGGCUGGGGGAUGGGCUGCCUCUACCACACCUGCCCCCCCACAGACACAGACGAGUUUCUGUCUCUGUGUCCCAGCGGGAGAGGAUACGUUACUACUGGACCGGGAGCCUUCAGCUACAGAGAUGUGGACGAGUGUAAGCGUUUCCAUCCGGAGGUGUGUAAGAACGGACAGUGUGUCAACAACAUCCCCGGGUACAGCUGCUACUGCCCCAGUGGAUACAUCUACAACAUCCCCAUGCUGGAGUGUGUCGAUGUUGACGAGUGUGAGGAGGAGCGCUGUGUUGGAGGAGUUUGCGUCAACACGGUGGGAUCAUAUUACUGCAGCUGUCCUCCGACCCUGGUCCUCGACGACACACAACGUAACUGUGUCAACUCCUCCCACCUCACUGUAGAUGAGAACCUGUCCAUCUGCUGGCAGCACGUCACGGCGGACCUGAUGUGUCAGAGUCCUCUGGUGGGACCUCAGUUCACCUUCGUGGACUGCUGCUGUCUGUACGGGGAGGGCUGGGGGAUGCAGUGCGCCCUCUGUCCCUCCAACGACUCCGAGGACUAUGGCAGCCUGUGCAGUUCCUUUCUUCCUCCGUUUGCUGAGAGUUUUCCGGACUCGACUGGACCAGAACCAGGACUGAGACCAGGAUUUGGACGAGGCUCUCCUCCAUACCUCCCUCCCUACAGCCCGGACUCCUUCCCUCCCGCUGUGGUUCCCAGCAGAGACUUCAGUGUUCCUGACUAUGACGAUUACUCUCCAGCAGGGGGCAGCAGGUCCGGCUUCAGAGGCAGGACGCCGUCCACCUUCAGCCUGCCGGACGGAGGUUUCCGCCGCCCUGAGUUUAGCACUGGUUACUACUCUGAAGGAGACUUCGGCCCCCCGGAUGGUUCCCAGCCCAGGACUCCGUCCAUCCACUUCCAUCCGGACCCCCGGGCCGAGAGGGCGUUCGGGGCGCGUCCUCCUCCGUCUCGGGCUGAGGGUGCUCCUCUCAGCCUGGCCCCGCUGCCCGGAGCUCCCUACCAGGAGCAGGAAGAGCAGGAAGAGGAGGAGCCGGCGUGGAGGCCGGGCCCUCCCUUCACCGAGAGGAGCAGAGGAGGAGCGCCGAGGAGGGUGUAUGAGAGGCGUUAUGAGUCCUACGCCGGCCUGAGUGCAGCAGAGGAUUGUGGGAUACUGCACGGCUGUGAGAACAGCAGGUGUAUUCGUGUUGCCGAGGGUUACACCUGUGACUGUUACCAAGGAUACGAACUGGACAUGACCUCCAUGACGUGUAUAGAUAUAAACGAAUGUGAGGACGGAGUCAGCGUGGACUUCCCGUGCGUGAACGCUCGCUGCGUGAACACAGACGGCUCGUUCCGCUGCGUCUGCAGGAGAGGAUACGUCAUGUCCCGCAGACCAAACUACUGUGUGGCUGCGUAGACCGGACCGGUCUGGACUGGGCUCGAUUUACACCAGUAUAAACUGGUCUAGACAAUCUACUAGACUACAAUAGAUUAGACUAGACUUGGGCUUUACUACAGGGCCAUAUCUCAUAAACUCAAUGCCCUUUUUUAACGCCAUACUCUCUAUGACGGCUGAUUUCUGUAUUUAUAUGUCGUGGGGAGAAUGUAGGUUGGGGGGGCAGGGUGUCGCAGCGUCACAGAUCUUAACAAAUGUUUUUGGUUGUAGUGGACAUAAUUACUGGAUUUUCUCUGGAGAAGAAAAAUAACUACAGAAUGGGAACAGGAUUAACGGAUAGUAUAAUAAAGUGACGGUAAACAUAAUUUACUAGCUCAAAAAUUAAA